CCUCCCUUCCCCCAUCUUCUCCGUGACUUCACCUUGGAUCUUUGCGCUGGAUCUUCCUUACCCUCUCCUCCGCCAGUGCUGGAUCUUCGAAGAAUCGCUCUCCCGCUGCGAUACCGGGGAUAUUCUGGCCCUCCGUCUGGCCCUCCGAUCUCUACCGUCCCGGACACUCGCUGCUCCUGAGUCAGUUUGGUUUUCCACUCACUCUCUCCCCUUUACCAAGCGCCGCGCCUCCGUCUCCACUCUUUCGCCCCGUCUCACCGUCAACGCUUUCGACCGUAGGAAUUCAACAACUCAUCUUCCUAUCUCAGUGACCCUGGAUCGUUCAGCAAUUCGCUUAGAUGGACAAAGGCUGGUGGUAGUUUUGAGGUUGAUCCGUGCGUGCGAGAGAGGUUACUUGGUGUUACUUGGUCGAUCAUUUUCGCUAGUUCUGCCCGACCUGUCCGGACGAACUUGGUGCCUCGAGGAUCCGUCUUGUGAAUUGCGGAAGCACGCCAAAAGGUUAUCGGGGCUCUUGGUAGACCUCGAGAUCUUAGUUCUUCUACUCACCGUGCCCGUCGGGAAUCGAGGAUGGGACCCGCGGAGACUGCGUUUUCACCCGCUUUUCCUGCCGUGGACCCAAUCGUUGUGGAUAACGACAUGGAGAACCCUUAUCAAGAUUCCAACCUAGACUUCCUUGACUCUGCACAUUUGCAGAUGUCGUCUGAAAAUGCUGGCCGGGAUUUUGACGAUCUCUUUGCCCAUUCCACCUCGUCCCGCACCGUCACCGAAUCGGGGUCUGUAUGUUUGUCGCCUUCGGAUUUGUCGCUUAAACGGCCAUUUCCAGAUCAGGAUACGCUGCGACAACCGAAUCUCGUGAAAGCGGGCUCCCCUGCGGAGUCUCCGGAAGCCUCGAGCCGCAGCUCCUCGUCGGAGUCACCGCGGGAUCAUAUUCGAAACGCUUCAGUAGCCUCGUCUGCCUCAGCGAUACCGAGCGAAACCCACAUGAUGCCAUUCGGAUACACGUCAGAGGAUUGGCUGAGCCAAGAGCUGAGCUCGGUUAAAGAAGAGUCGUUGUUUGGAUUUGACCCAUCCGCGAUAAACAGCAACAUGGACGGCGCAUUUCCAGACUUGGAAUCAAGUAACAAGGCCAUGGAUGCAGCCUUCGAUUUCGAAAGCGCCGCUAGUAGUCCUAGUCCUUUAAAGAUUGAGUCUACUCCUCAGCCUCCAAGCCAGAAGAGCUUGCGCACGCAGUUUCGAAGUACAUCAUCAAAACGAUCCGCCUCCCCGUUUCACUCCAUGGGAUCCCCUUACCUCCGCCACAGUGCCAGAGAACCCUCUCCUUUUGCAACCUCAGGCCUGUCCAGUCAAGGGAAGUCCCCGAUGAAUCAGUGGGCUGGUCGAUCACCUUCAUCACUCCUAGAAGAGAGUUUCGGAGGCAUCAAUAUGAACGCUAGUCCGCCGUUGAACUCCAGUCUUAAUUUCGUGCCUAAUAACUUCACCAACUUUGGUCUCAAUUUCGCACCGUCCCCCCAACAACACAAUAUGAAAGCGGAAGCAACGCAGCGUCAUGUCUUGACCGUUCAUCCUACGUCUCUCAAGUCACGUGUGGAGACUCAGAUCCCUAUCAGGUUGACUCUAUACCCGCUGCCCACAGGUGUGAAGAAGGUACGCUUGCCAAGUCAUACCAUUUCCAAGCCGAAAUUCCUCGCACCAGCAUCGGCCGAUCGCUCCCUGGACACUGUAGAGUUGCACACAAACCUUGUGUGUACCAGUGCAAUGCAGGAUCAAGAAAAGCUGAAGAAGGCCUUUGCACGAGCAAGAGGGGAACCGCGCCACCGUUCCUCUAGCUCGAGUCCUCGGUCCGCCGAUGACGCACAGGAAGAGGACAAGCCUUUGGACGGCGGGGAGGUGAAGAUAUGCUCCGGCUGCAUACAGCGCGAACGGAAGCGGGCUUUCCGUAAAAAGCAGAGGAAACCGGAAGAAGAUGAGCUCUUCCAGAAAGAUGAAGAGAAACGGGUGAUCGUCUUUAACACCAACGAGAUUAAAGAUUGGACUGAACCAUCUAAAAAUGCCGUGCCCAGUUAUGGCGAAAUGCCCACCCCAAGUGUCCCUGCCGGGGCAAUGCAGGUAGAGCUACCCAUGCGAAUUGCGUGCUACUGCAGACAUCAAAAUGAAAAGCUUGGAUUUCAGGUCAUCUUUACGGUCAAAGACUAUAAGGACAAUGUCAUUGCCCAGGCAAUAACCAAUUCGAUUAUGAUCACAGAUGACCACAAAACCCAUGCACCCCCCGCACCCCCUGCCCCCGGCCCUUCUCCUUCGUUGCCUGAUGGAACACAGUUGCCAGGUGUUGGGGUGUUCCCGUCCGGCCCAGUUGUCGACAGCGGCAAGUCGUCUACUUCAUCGCAACAAUCAUCUGCCACGGAUCUGCAAGGUCUCCAGCAACAGUUCAACUCGCAGUAUCAGCUACCUUCAGGACCUUUUGCGAUGUCUCAGAAUCCCACAACAUCAUCCACAUCUCGCAGUCUUUCACGUCAAACGUCACCGAACGACUUCCAAGGUCCAAUGAGCAAGAGACGCAAACACAGCAAUUCCGGAAGGCUUCCGUCGGAAUUAACUAUGACUAAAUUAGAGAAUGCACAGUCCUCCACUAGUGUUUCUAGUACAUCAGCUCUGAAUAACGAUUCGCCAUUCUCUGCACCGCGCGGGUUUGCAUCGUCUGUUGAAAGGCCUUUCGUGACGGCAUCGGCCAUGUCCGGUCAAUUUGCCAACGGUCCCCCGACCCCCAAUAGCGGGGACAACAAUCCCUUUUUCAAUCCUACCUCGCAGCAACAGCAAAGUCUGGACAGCUUCAUUCAACAGCAACUGAUGUCUGCACCAAAUUCGGCUCAACCGAGCCGCCCUGGAACCCCCGGGCCCUCUACACGAAGCAACUACCAAGAGCAAAAUAUCAGUCACCCAUUGGGUCCCAAUACAUCAAGCACAAUAUGGCCACAUCUCACAAAUGCUGCAAACCGAUUGCCUUCUGUCAUUCACAAGCUAGUCCCCGCAGAAGGCUCCAUUACGGGAGGAACGGAGGUUACGCUAUUGGGAAGCGGGUUUUAUCCUGGGAUGGAAGUUGUCUUUGGAGACACCCUAGCUACGACCACUACGUUUUGGGGCGAUAAAUGCCUCAAUUGCUUGACUCCACCUGCAUUACAGCCUGGAAUGGUAGCUGUUGUUUUCAAGCAUGAGCAUCCCACCUUUGGCCAGCUGCAGCCGCCUCAACCUCUGAUGCCCAAGCAACAACAGUUCUUCCGUUAUGUCGACGACCGGGAGCUCCAGAUGUAUCGCCUUGCUCUGGGAAUACUCGGACAAAAGCUUGGCAGUCAGGCAGACGCCUUCCAAACCGCUCAGCAGAUCAUGGGCAGCGAUCCUAAAUCCAUAUUCGGCCUUCAGAAGGAUUUCCAGGGCGGCUCGGGUGGCGGUCACCAGCGGCAAGUGCCCGGAUUAGAGUCACAGGGUAAACUAAGCGACAUGGACUCUAAGAUGUUGACCUAUCUCGAAUUUGUCGAUCUUGAUGACAGCCCACGGCCACCCAAGUAUAAUUCACGAUGUGCAACAGGCCAGACUCUACUUCACUUUGCGGCGUCCUUGGGACUAACACGCUUCGUUGCCGGUCUGCUCGCUAGAGGUGCUAAUCCUGAUGUGCAGGACAACACAGGAAAUACGCCUAUGCACUUCGCCGCCUUGAACGGUCAUGCCCAUAUCGUCAACAGGCUCCGUCUUGCUGGAGCGAAUGUCAAUGCCCGUAGCAUCCGCGGUUUCAUUCCCGCUGAUAUUGCUUCCACCCUUCCCGCUCACCAGGCUGCUUUGGUACCGACGCAGCAUCACCGCUCACGGAGCGUUGGAUCCCUGGCAUCCUCGCGACGCAGACAGAGUAGUUCCGCCUCUCUUCACUCGCUGUGGGAGUCUUCCUCGGGUACGUUCGAUGAAGCCGUUGAUGACUCGGAUAAUUUGGAGGAGGAUGACAGUGACGACCUUGAGUUUACUGUGUCUCGACGGUCGAGUAUGCACCAAGACGCGCCGGCACCACUCGCCAAUGUUGAACAACCCCCACCAGCUGAUGAUGCGCGACCAUUCUCUCCCCCAGCCGCUCUUGUUGCUUGGCGAAAUCAAUUGCAGGCCCAAAUCAACCAGUUCCAACAGAGUGUGGCCAAUGCAUUCCCUAACCUUCCUGCAUUGCCGCCUAUGCCAGCUUUGCCUGACUACCAAGCGCAUCCGAUGAUGCGUCGCAUCACCAACCUUGUUCCGCACAGGCCCUCCACCGCCAGGUCAGCUAAGGAAGGCUGGUGGGAUCUCCUGACCGGUAAUUCUGCGCCAAAUGCCACAGAGCUGCCUUCUUAUGAUGAGUUGUACCCGCAACAGGAUGAGCACAAUGAAGAGGCGGUAGCUCGCAUGAAGAAGUCGAGCAUGUUACAGGCCGCCACCGACGCGGCUUUGGACCAACAUUUCGAAGCGCAAGCUAGCACGCAAGCCAGCACAUCCCGAGCCAUUAGUAUCAACCCGGAACAAGACGAUCUUAAGGAUAUCCGAAUCGGCCGUAGCGUGAUCUCACGCGAACAGCAAAAGCAUCUCCGAGAGCAGCAAGCACAGAGAAUGAAGGGUCUUGGUAGUGACCGUAAUUUGUACUUUAUUUGGAUUCCUCUUCUGGUUUUGGUUAUUUGCGCAUGGGCUCGAAACUAUGUUCCAGGUAUCUGGCAAGGAAUCUCGAGCGGUGUUGAGUUUGUGAAGACCCGCUAUGCGCAGCGCGCGCUGGAUCUUGGAGUUUAGAUUUCCUUUGUAUCUUCUUAGUCCUUUUUUCUCCAUCCCUUUCCCUUAAUCUUUCCAUUUGCAGUCUGUUGUUUGAGCUCGGGCGUUCUGUCCUCUAGGUUGAUGACACUAUCGGUUUGUUUUCGUGUUUUGCGACAUAAUGAUGGGAUACGGUUGAAUCUUUCUCACUGGAGCGCAUCGGUCAUUUAAGGUCUUGUACAGAGCUGGUGAACUUUUCUUUUUAAAAUGAUUUGGGGUUAUCUUUUAUUGUGAGGGAAGUCGGCCAAUUAUGGUGAAUGUCUUGUGCGUGCGUGUGUGUAUAUAUAGUUCUCAAUUAAUUCAAUAGGUACUUGAAGAGA